AUGGCUGAUAGGGUCGAUUCGCAGUGGGGAGAGAUGAUAUGCUUCGAUGAAGCUUCAAUCGAGUACGUGAUAACAGGCGACGGACAACGACUGGUUCCAGCUGCUGUGCUUCCUCCUCUCGAUCCACUCCCCACUCCCCUCCUCCCCCACCCCCUCCUCCCCCCCCUCCCCCCUCCCUCUCCUCCUCCCCCCUUCACAGGCUUCAAUUGA